AUGAUUAGAGUUUGGCUUGUGCUGUUGUUGAUGGCUCUGCCCAAUUUGUUGAUCUCUUCUGCUGCGGUUGGUUUGGAUAAUUCGACAGUACCGGAGUCUUUAAAUAUUGGGGUUCUCUACUCUUUCAAUACUAGUGUUGGUAGAAUGGUGAAAAUUGCGGUAGAAACUGCGGUUAACGAUAUAAAUUCAGAUUCUUCUAUUCUUGGUAAAACUAAGUUGAAGCUCUCGCUGCAAGAAGAUUCAAAAUACCGAGGCUUUUUGAGCAUUGCUGAAGCGUUGCAGCUCAUGGCGACACACACUGUGGCCAUUAUCGGUCCGCAGACGUCUACAACAGCUCAUGUCAUAUCUCAUAUAGCAAAUGAGCUUCAUGUUCCUCUGCUAUCGUUUACAGCUACAGAUCCUACUCUUUCCUCGCUUCAAUUCCCGUUCUUCAUUAGAACUGCUUUCAAUGACAUUUUUCAAAUGACUGCAAUAGCAGACAUGGUUAGCCACUAUGGUUGGAGAGAGGUUAUCGUAGUAUACGGUGAUGAUGACCAUGGGAGGAACGGAAUCGGUGCGUUAGCGGAUAAGCUAGCUGAGAGACGUUGCAAGAUAUCGUUUAAAGCACCGAUGACUCCUGAUGCAAAGAGGGAGGAGAUUACUGAUGUGCUUGUUCAGGUGGCUUUGGCAGAAUCUCGGGUUAUAGUUCUUCACACAAGUACUUCUUGGGGUCCAAAAGUGUUAAGUGUUGCAAAGUCUCUUGGAAUGAUGCAAAAUGGUUAUGUAUGGAUUGCUACUACUUUUCUCACGUCUUAUAUCGACAUAGAUAGUCCACUCUCUUCCGAUGAAAUGGAUAACAUUCAAGGAGUUAUUACACUUAGAAUGUACAUACCAGAUUCAAAGCUCAAAAGAUCGUUUGUUUCUAGGUGGACGAAUUUGACUAGAGGAAAGGAGGGAAACGGUCCUCUUGGUUUGAGCACUUACGGUAUCUUUGCAUAUGAUACUGUUUAUGUGCUUGCUCGCGCCCUUGAUACAUUCUUGAAACAAGGGAACCAAAUUACAUUUUCGCAUGAUCCGAAGAUAUCUGAAUUACGUGGAGACAGCUUGCAUCUAGAUGCAGUGAAAAUCUUCAAUGAAGGAAACCUACUGUGUAAAAGUAUUUAUGCGGUUAACAUGACUGGUGUAAUGGGUCCAUUCAGGUAUACUCCUGACGGAAACCUUGCUAAUCCAGCAUAUGAGAUCAUCAAUGUGAUCGGGUCAGGGACUCGCAGGAUCGCUACUCACUGUGUUUUGGCCGGGAGAAACAACCCAAACACCUCGCGGUUGGGUUUUUCCAAGCAAUGGAAAGCUGUUAAGAAUUGGAGUACCGAAAAGGUAAACUUGUUACCCUAUGCUGUCCCCUAUAAAUUUGUUCCGUACGGUGAUGGUCAAAACAAUCCUAGUAACACUGAGCUUGUGCGUCUGAUCACUGCCGGUGUUUUUGAUGCUGCAGUAGGAGACAUUACAAUUACAACAGAGAGAACAAAGAUGGUGGAUUUUACUCAGCCGUAUACCGAGUCUGGUCUAGUGGUCGUAGCAUCGGUUAAGAAGACGGAUUCCAAUGCUUGGGCAUUUUUGACACCAUUUACACCAAUGAUGUGGACUGUAACAGCUAUCUUUUUCCUACUAGUUGGUGCAGUUGUCUGGAUUCUAGAACAUAGACUGAAUGAUGAUUUUAGGGGACCUCCUAAAAAACAAGUAGCCACAAUUUUGUGGUUUACUUUUUCAACUAUGUUCUUCGCUCACAGGGAAAACACAGUGAGCACUCUUGGUCGAUUUGUGCUGCUUAUAUGGCUAUUUGUGGUUCUAAUAAUUAACUCGAGUUACACGGCAAGCUUGACUUCGAUCCUCACAGUGCAGCAACUUUCUUCACCUAUUAAAGGCAUUGAAAGUUUAGUAAAUAUGAAAGAGCCUAUUGGUUACUUGCAGGGCUCUUUUGCCCGAUCCUAUUUGAUUGACGAAAUCGGUAUUCAUGAAUCCAGACUAGUUCCUUUAAAAACACCAGAAGAAACUGCAAAAGCGCUGGAGAAAGGUCCCCAAAAGGGUGGUGUUGCUGCGUACAUUAACGAGCGUGCUUACAUAGAGCUCUUCCUUUCAAGCCGGUGUGAUUUUACCAUUGUAGGUCAAGAGUUUACCAAAAAUGGUUGGGGAUUUGCCUUUCCACCAGACUCGCCAUUAGCAGUUGACCUAUCAACUGCCAUUUUGGAGUUGGCAGAAAAUGGAGAUUUACAAAGGAUCCAUGACAAAUGGCUUUUGAGUAGUGCGUGUCGAUCACAAGGUGCGAAGCUUGGAGUGGACAGACUCAAUCUCAAAAGCUUUUGGGGACUUUACUUGGUCUGUGGUUUGGCAUGUUUUCUUGCUCUCUUGAUAUAUCUUAUUCAAACCUUGAGGCAGUACAAGAAGCACAGUCCAGAUGAAGUUGAGUCUACUGGCCAAGGUUCUGGAUCUUCACGUCUGCGGACUUUUCUUUCAUUUGUAGAUGAAAAAGAAGAGAUAGUUAAGAACCGCUCCAAGAGAAGGCAAAUGGAAAGGAUAUCAUAUAGAAGCACAAGUGAGGUUGGAUCAACCAUAGUCUCCAAUAAAGAUUUUUCUCAACCAUCCUCAAACAGAAUUGAUUCUGAAGUAUGA